AUGCACUACGCAUGCGUCAACCAAUAGCAAAGGGUACGUGUUACGUACGUGUUACGUAGACCUCUGCUAGCCUGGUGGUAGCUAGUUUGCUAACAAGAGAGAAGAUGGAUUCUCCCACACUGGAACCAUCCUUGUACACUGUCAAAGCUGUUCUGAUUCUGGACAACGAUGGAGACAGGCUGUAUGCUAAGUAUUAUGACGACACAUACCCGACGGUGAAGGAGCAGAAGGCGUUUGAGAAGAACAUAUUCAACAAAACACACCGGACAGACAGUGAGAUAGCAUUACUGGAGGGUCUCACUGUGGUCUACAAGAGCAACAUAGACCUCUUCUUUUAUGUGAUUGGAAGUUCGCAUGAAAAUGAGCUUAUGCUUAUGGCAGUUCUGAACUGCCUCUUUGACUCGCUCAGUCAGAUGUUGAGAAAAAAUGUUGAGAGGAGGGCUCUGCUGGAGAACAUGGAGGGGCUCUUCUUGGCUGUGGAUGAAAUCGUAGAUGGAGGGGUGAUAUUGGAGAGUGACCCUCAGCAAGUUGUGCAUCGUGUGGCUCUUAGAGGUGAUGAUGUGCCUUUGACAGAACAGACAGUCACCCAGGUGCUCCAGUCUGCCAAGGAACAGAUCAAGUGGUCGCUCCUACGAUAGAGCCACGCCUCCACCAGUCUACCAGUGAGCCGCUGUUCAGCCCAGACUUCACUGCACUGAUCCUCGUACUUGUUUUCCUCUGUUUUUUCCACUCCUUAAAUCAAAAGCUGUGGGGAGCACUGAUGGCUGAUCGUGCCACACUCCCAGGACUGGUUUAAUUUUGUAUUUUCCCCCAUGUUGUUUUUGCACAGGCUUUGUAUUGUAUGGCAUAAUCAACAUAAGAUGUGACGUACAUUCCAGUGACGGCUGGUCUGUUUUUCCCCUUUGUUUCUUUUUUGUUUCUUUUUUUUUUCAUCAAGGAAACAAAGUCUUAUUAAAGCAGAGUAUCUACACACGUAAUACAUUGAUAGCCUGUGACAACAUUCCAUAUAUCUCUUGAAACUUCUCCACAUUACUGUAGAAACAAUAAUCUGUUGUUUAAUUUACAGAGAUAUUGUAAUAAAAAUCUUGUAAUGCCACUCA